AUGGCUGAAGCUUCGUCGUCCGCAACAUACGUCCUGGUCACCGGUGGUGCCGGGUUCAUCGGCUCGCACACUGUCCUGGAGCUGCUCAAGCAAGGCUACAAGGUGGUCGUGGUCGACAAUCUCUGCAACAGCAGCGACAUCCCUCUCCGGCGCGUUGAGGAGCUGGGUGGCCUGAAGGACAACUCGAUCCCGUUCCACAAGGUAGACCUGGGCGACCUCGAGGGCUUGCGUGGCGUGUUCCGGCAGUACAAGUUCUCGAGCGUGAUCCACUUUGCUGCGCUCAAGGCCGUGGGCGAGUCGGUGCGCAAGCCGCUCAACUACUACCGCAACAACAUCACCGGCACGCUGAACCUGCUCGACGUGAUGAUCGAGUUUGACGUUAAGAACAUUGUGUUCUCGUCGUCUGCUACCGUCUACAAGGCAGACCCAGAGGGCAAGCCGCUGCGCGAGGACAGCCCGCUGGGCUGCACGAACCCGUACGGCCGCACCAAGCUGUACAUGGAGAGCAUCAUUCGCGAUGUGACCGAUGCUGAGCACGGGUGGAACGCCAUCAUGCUGCGGUACUUCAACCCGACGGGCGCGCACGUGUCGGGCCGUAUGGGCGAGGAUCCGAAGCAGAUCCCGAACAACCUGAUGCCGUAUGUGUCGCAGGUGGCCGUGGGCAAGCUGAAGGAGGUGCAUGUGUUUGGCACCGACUACAACACGCGCGACGGCACGGGCGUGCGCGACUACAUCCACGUGAUGGACCUCGCCGAGGCCCACGUUGCAGCACUCAAGCGCCUGCCGGAUAACCACGGCUACGAGGUGUUCAAUCUAGGCUCAGGCACCGGCCAGUCUGUGCUCGAGAUGAUCGACGCCAUGUCGGUUGCGUGUGGACACAAGAUCCCGUACGUCAACGACCCGCGCCGUCCUGGCGAUGUCGCCACGGUUAUCUGCAACCCGGACAAGGCUGCCGGCGAGCUAGGCUUCAAGGUCAGCCGCGACCUCAAGUCGAUGUGCGAGGACCUGUGGCGCUGGCAGGAAAACAACCCGAACGGCUUCACCCAGGAGUAA